UACCGUACGCUUACUGCUCUGUUGGCAAAGUGAAUUUUAAAUUGUCGUUUUGAUUAAAUUUUUUGCCUCGAAUUUGUAUGUCGAACCAACUUAAUCAGACGUUCGCCAAGUUGUUAGUAUUUUUUUUUUAUCUCUAAGAUACCUUAUCAAAUGCGGCCUGAGAUCGCAGUACACCCCAACGCCCGACCGCUGCUGCCGACAUGUCGGCAAACUAACGACAGGUGAGGCGUGUCAACGGUAAUCGAUAACAUGCUGAGUAAACAUCAGCUGAAUGAAGUGUUUCUCAUUGUGUUAUUGCCGGCAGAAAGCUACAACUAAGCUUUCUACUCAUUUACUCAUUUGAAUCUAGAUUCAAGAAACAGCUGAGCGUAAAUUGCAUAUAUCUCUUGCUAUCAGCUGAGCGUGUGGUGUGGAAAAGCUUCAAGUAAACACCAAAGGCUGAAAUGCUUGUCACCAACGACUGUCAGGGGAUAAUUUUACCGGUAGAAUUAAUACAUCUCUUGCUAACAUUGUAAACAGUAUUAUCAGCGUUGUGCUAAUAGAUUGUGUAAAUAACAUUAAAUGACCGUGUUUAUUACCACUAUCCCGAGAGUAGAUAUCAAAGCAAAAAAUAAUAAAAAAUAUUGUGAAAAAAAAAUGUAAAGUUGUUUGUUUGAUAUAGCACUUAGGAAAAAAAAAAUACAUUCCCUGAAAGUUAAAUUGUCACAAUACCCUCAACGAAAUGUUUUUCUUUAUAUAACUGUACUUUAAUCUAUAGUAUGUACUGUCUCAAUUGUGAAUAACCUAAAUAGAUCUUAUUCAGCUGUCUUUCAAGUGGGUAUUACUAGCUUGAUUAGAAAGCGCACUUAGCGUUUCUGAUCUGUAAUAAUUUUUUUUUCGGAAAACUGACAGAAAUCUAUCGGUUGACAACUCAUAAGAUAAUCGCUUGCCAUAUUAUACCCGUAUGCGACUAAAUUCGUUUACCAUCGUGUCAAAAAAAAGCCAUUUUUUUGUUGAGCAGUGUUUAUUAGUCAUGUUUAUCGCUAAUAAGCCUUUGUCAAUAAAAUAUAUUUAUUUUAUAUGAAAGUAUAAAUACACCGUAGAAAUCUAUGUAUGAUUUUAUUCGUAUAUAAAUGCAUUAUGAGAAGAAAUCUUUAGAUAUACUUUAUCUAAGACAGGCGUGAGUGGUGGACCAUUGCAUAAUUAAGUAUGUCUGCUCGUAAAAUACCGCAUAUUUUGAAGCUCUCGGCUAAGGAGCAGAAGGAGUUCUUCAACUCCUUCGAUGUAGUAAUGUGUGAUUGUGAUGGUGUUAUGUGGAUGAUUGCUUCACCGCUGCCCAGAACGGGCGAAGCGGUGAAUGCACUGAAGGCGGCUGGCAAGCAAGUGCUCUUUGUGACCAAUAACAGUAUGCGCUCGGAUGACGAUUAUGUGAAUAAGUUCGUCGGGAUCGGAGUAAAGGAUUUUCAAAAGAACGACAUUAUGCAUCCAGUAAAAUCCAUGUUGUACUAUAUAAAGAAGCAUAAUAUAAAGCAGCCGAUCUUCUCAUUAUGCAGUGCCCCCGGUACGGAAAUGCUGCGUAGAGCAGGCGUCGAUGUGAGAACUUUGGACACCAAUGAAGACAUUACACCCAAUAAUUUGGGAAAAAUCACAGAACCGGAACAAAAAAUGGGCGCCGUUUUGUUUGAUAUCAAAUUGGAUUUAACUUAUCCACAAUUGGCAGCGGCCACACGAUAUCUUGCAGACAAAGACUGUCAAUUUAUUGCUGGUGGUACAGAUUGGUUAUUACCUAUGACGAAAGAUCUAACGGUGCCAGGAUUUUGCGAUUUCCUCGGCACUCUUAAGCGCUUCACAGGACGAGAGCCGACAAUAGUUGGCAAACCGGCACUUUUGCUUGGUGACAUUUUGAAGGACGUCUAUAAAUUGACCGAUCCCAAGCGUUGUCUGUUUGUUGGCGAUUCUCUGACGCACGAUGUACGCUUCGGUCUGAAUUGUGGCUUCCAAACCUUGCUCGUAUUGAGCGGCAGCACACCCAUAGAUGAAAUGUGGCAAGCAAGUGCGGAGGACCAACCUCAUUUUUAUGGGAUAGAUGGCCGAUUUUAUUGAAUUAUAUGCUUUAUAAAUAAAAAGCUUAGUAAUUUAAUUUUUGUAUUACAAUAAUUAUUAUGUUAGAUAAUAUUGCGAUUAAAAAAUUAUAUUAACUUGUAUUUCAGGGAUGUUUCGAAAAGUUAUGUUAAAAAUUUGAAAUAAUAUUUACGCAAUGUGAAAAUAUACCAUGUGAUCUAAAUU